AUGUUAGCUCAAAUAGGUGUAGGUAAUUUAAAAAAUCGAUACUUAGAAGAUUUGAAUGAAACUCAUGAAUUUAAAGAAGCCUUAGAGCUAUACGUUAGGCCGCGGGGAACAUGGAAUGUAUCAAUUAUUAAAACAUUAAGUAAUAAAGAGGAAAUGGAUUACGAAGCAAGAGAAGGUGAUAUAGAAGAAGUAGUUAAUGGUUUUUUGACCUCAAGGAAUGAACUCACUUCGAAUGACAAGAAUAUUCUGGAGAAAGCAGCUGAAGAAUUUUUGAUUUCAAAAGAAAAAACAUCGCUAAUUCGAACAGUUAAUGGAUUUUUUGUACCGGAAAAUCAAUUAACUUUGGAGGAUAUAAAUACUUUGAAUGUGGCAGUUAAUCAGUUUUUGGCCUUAAGGGAUGAGAAGGCUUUAAAGCUCCUGAAGAUAGCAAUGAAUGAAUUCUUAGAGUGGUUGAAAUAUAAUAUAGAAUCAUCAAAAGAAGAAAAAAUAUUGAAGAAUAUAAUCUGUAAUUUUUUGGAAAGCCCAUUUGUAUUGGAGAAUAAAUUGCCCUUGGGAAGUAAACUAGCAUUAGGAAAUCAAAUAACUACAGAGGACGUGAAAAGUUUGAAAGAAGCCUCAAAAAAAGGCAGAGAAUCUUUUGAAGAAAUUUCCAAUAAACUUUUGGCUUUAAAAGCUAAGGAAGUUUUGGAAACAGCAGUAAACGACCUCCUAAUCCGGAAACGUAAAAAAGUACUGUUAAUAUUAGGUAGUGGAGGCACGGGUAAAUCAACGUUUAAUCGCUAUCUUGCUCGUCGUCUAUGGGAAGAAUAUGAACAGCAUAGCAUUAUGCAACCUAUUCCUUUAUUUAUUGCAUUGGCGCCACUAGGAGAGUUUAUAAAUCAAAAUAAAGACUUGAUUGAAGUCUAUUUACAGAAAGAGGGAAUAUCCCUAGAACAAAUUAAUGAUUUGCGAAAAAGGAAGUUUGUAUUUAUUUUAGAUGGUUAUGAUGAGAUCGCUGAACGUGAACGUCAUUGCUAUAACAGCAAUAUGUUUUCUAAAUGGAAAAAUGCAAAAAUUAUCAUCAGUUGUCGACCAGAGUAUUUAGGUGAAGGCUACGAGAAAAGAUUCUGGCCUAAAGAAAACGAAGAAAGAGGGUUCCAAGAACUGACAAUUACACCAUUUUCUGGAGUUGAAAUAGAACAAUAUAUCAAUAAUUAUGUUAAUUAUUCCCAGAAAAAAGGCAACCCAUUAACGUGGGACGCAGAAACAUAUGUACAGCAAAUAAAAAAUAUGCCGCAAGUAGAAGAUCUUGUGUGCAAUCCUAUUCUAUUAAAAAUUACUUUGACUGUCUUACCAGGCCUUCUCGGAGGGGGAGGAAUAAUAACAUCUCAGAUAAAUCGUAUAGUUUUGUAUGACGAAUUUAUUAAAAAAUGGUUUGAACGUGCUCAAGAACGCUUGACAAAAAUUCAAUUAAAACCUGAAGAACAAAGAGUAUUUGAUUACUUAAAUGAAGAAAAUUUUUCUAGACAUUGUCUGCUAUUUGGUAAAGAAUUUGCUGUAAAGAUGUUUGUUGACAAUAACAAAAUAGUUAUUAACUAUGAUCCCUUAAGCGAGGAGACCGCAUCCGAUUGGUCAAAGCAUUUAGGAAAUAGAGAUGAGAAGAAUCGUUUGAUGCGUUUUAGUAUGCCAUUAAUUAGACGUGGAAAUCAAUAUUGGUUCUUCCAUAAAUCAUUACGAGAUUACUUGAUUGCCUGUGCAUUGUUGGAUUCGUUUAAAGAUAAGCCAUGUGAAACUUCCUUCAACAAGCAGUCAAUCAUUCCAGAACCUGCAAUUCAACAAUUUUUGGUCGAACGAGUUCAACAAAAGCCAGAAUACAAACAACCAAUGUUAAAUUUUAUUGAAUGUUCGAAAAAGGAUGAAACCGUUCAAAUUGCUUCUGCUAAUGCUAUUACAGUUUUGUUACGUGCCAAAAUACCACUUCCGAUAAAUUUAAACAAUAUUCGUAUCCCAGGAGCGGAUUUGAACAGUGGAGUUUUUAACAAAUCACAACUUGUAAGAGCUGAUUUAAGUAAUGUGAAUUUUCAAAAUGCAAAGCUUCGAAGUGCGAAUCUCGAAGGAGCAUCUCUUCAAGAUGCAAAUCUCAAAGGUGCAGAUCUCACAGGAGCAAAUCUUCGACAUUCAAAUCUUCAAGGUGUAAAUUUGCAUGACUCUUAUCUCAAAAAUGUAAACCUUGAAGGAGUAAACCUCCGAGUUCAGGAUUUCCGAGGGUUUGACCUCAGAAAUACAGACUUCUGUG